AUGCCCACUCAAGAAGUCUUCGACAAAAAGGACGGCGCCGUCUACACCACCUCCAAUGGUGCGCCCGUAGCAGAGCCGUAUGCUGCCCAACGUGCUGGGCUCCACGGACCUCUCUUGUUGCAAGACUUCCACCACAUCGACUUGCUCGCCCAUUUCGAUAGGGAGCGUAUUCCUGAGCGUGUCGUACACGCCAAUGCUGCAGGGGCUCACGGUUACUUCGAAGUAACGCAUAGCUGCGCGGAUAUCACAUCCAACAAGCUGCUCUCCUCUGUGGGAAAGAAAGUUCGUCUGACGGCUCGAUUCUCCACCGUCGGAGGAGAGUCUGGCUCUGCAGACACCGCCCGCGAUCCUCGUGGCUUUGCUCUCAAACUUCGUACUGAAGAGGGCAACUGGGACUGGGUGUUCAACAACACGCCUAUCUUCUUCAUCAGGGACCCGGCAAAAUUCCCGCAUUUCAUCCAUACUCAGAAGAGAGACCCGCAGACUCACCUUAAGGAUGCGGAUAUGUUCUGGGAUUACUUGGGCCAGAACCCAGAGUCCAUUCAUCAGAUGAUGAUCCUCUUCUCAGACCGCGGAACCCCCGACGGUGUUCACCAGAUGCACGGGUACUCCGGCCAUACGUUCAAGUGGUUGAAAGAUGACGGAUCGUUCACUUACGUUCAAGUACACUGCCGUGCGGACAGCGGUUUCAAGACACUCGAUGGUGAGACUGCCCAUAGGCUUACCGCUGACAACCCCGACUACAGCACGGAGAAGCUGUUCAGAACCAUCGAAGCUGGCAACUUCCCUUCGUGGACCGUGUACAUCCAAACGAUGACUCCAGAGCAGGCGGAGAAUUUCCGUUACAACAUCCUCGAUCUGACCAAAGUUUGGCCCCACAAGGACUACCCCCUUCGUCCGAUCGGCAGAUUCGUCCUCGACGAAAAUCCCAAGAACUACUUUGCCGAGAUCGAACAAGCUGCUUUCGCUCCUUCUCACUUGGUUCCGUACAUUGAGCCUUCGGCUGACCCUGUUCUUCAAUCGCGUCUGUUCUCUUACCCGGAUACUCAUCGCCACCGUCUCGGAGCCAACUAUCAUCAGAUCCCCGUAAACGCGCCCAUCGUCCCAGUGGCCAACUUCCAGCGAGAUGGACCUAUGACCGUUACCAACAACCAAGGGAAUCGCCCGAACUACCAGAGCAGCAUUCAACCCCUCACAUACAUCUCCAAUAAGGAGACCCUUGAGGCUGGUUGCCGCAACCAAGAGAGGAUGGCACGCCACGAGAACUUCAUUGGCGGUGCCUACCGGGAUCUUGGAGAGAUCACUGAGCUGGACUUUGAGCAGCCCAGGGUGCUGUGGCAGAAGGUCUGGAACGACCAGCAGAGAGAGGCCUACGUCAAAAACGUUGCAGGGCACUUCGGUGGUGUCAAGAGUGCCGUCGUCAGGGACAGACAACUCUCCGUGUGGGCAGCUGUCGACCAGGAUCUUUCGGACCGCAUUGCAAAGGCCGUGGGUGCUAACCCAGUUGCUCCUUUGAAGGUCAAGCCUGCUGCCGAGGCCCUUCGUUUCAGAUGCAACAUAGGUGGACCCCCAGGGCCAAGUCGGUUGUAG